CAUAUAUCUAAUAUAAUCUUAUAUACAUAUAUUAUAUAUUUACAGAGUUUCCAUUUUGAUGGAUAUGUUUUAGAAAUAUGGAAUCAGUUUAUAUUUGCAGGUGCAAAUGUACCAAUUGUCACUUCUAUAAUUAAAUCUAUUGCACAAGAAUUGAAAAAACAUAAUUUAGAUAUUAUAUUAGCAAUACCACCAUUUAGAGGUGCACAAGUUGAAUUGUUUUCAAAACAACAAUUUGAUGAGCUAGCAUUAUAUGUAAAGGCCUUUUCACUUAUGACUUAUGAUUACUCGAGUAUUCAAAGACCUGGUCCAAAUAGCCCUCUGAAUUGGGUCAAACAAUGUAUAGAAUUAUUAGUCCCCCAGAAAAACGAUCUUAGGCGAUCUCAAAUUUUAUUAGGUAUUAAUUUUUACGGUUAUAAUUAUACACCAGAGGGCGGCAAAGCAAUUCUUGCUUCUGAAUAUUUGGAUAUAUUGAAAUCAUUCAAAGGAAAGAUUCAUUGGGAUGACAACAGCAAAGAGCACUUUUUUGAAUCAAAGUAUAUUUUAUUAUAAUAUAUAUAUAUUAUGUGUUCUCU